AUAUAGAAAAACAAAUUAUAUUGAAAAGAUGAUUUAUGCCCCUAUAAGAAUGUUGACAGGGGAAAUGUAAAACCUUAAAUAUGUAUACCAAGGGAUCUGCUUGUCGAAAAGUAAGUCUGGUUUGCAACUAACUACAAAAUGUCUUUAAAGCACCUUUGAGAAGCUGAAGCACUCUGUGUAUAAUGCGGAUAGUGAGAAUUAAAAUAACAAGACUAUGAAACUGACAUUUAUGGAUCCCUAAUAUACAUGAGGCACACUACUGAGAGCUUUUCACUAGUAUUUGCUUUAUAGAUAAAUGACCUCAUUUAAUCCUAUUGAAGAAAAAAUAAGAUAGGGAAUAAGACGGGGAUUAUCAGUACUAUUUUUAAAAGAAUAAAAUUGAAAAUCAGUAAGUUAAGUGACAGAUCUGCCAGUAGGUGGCAGAGGUGUGUGUGAUUCAAACCAAGAUCUGCUCAGAAAUGGCGCACAGGUGGUUAAAACCUUGCACUUUUUGUCAUUCUACACAAACUUCCUUAGGGUACAAACUUAAAGAAUUACUUGUUUAAGGGUCAAAAUCAAUGAGAUUACAUAUCCGUAGAAAAAACCUGACUUGCAAUUUUUUAUCUGUCCUUCCCAAUGAGCUGUGUCUAACGAUUAAUUGUUCAUCACUUUUUAAAUGCUUAACAUGUAAAACAUUUUAACUCUAAUUUGAAGAUCUCAGAAACUUUAGUUCAAUUAACUCACAGGUUAAUUUUUUUUUAUGAUGUUGAGUGCUGGAACAAAAUACAUUUGAGUAAGAGAGGAGGAAAGCAGAACGUUUAGUUACCUCUAAGAAGACCAGCUGAAGCCUUUCAGAAGUAGUACUUUUAACAGAGUAAAUAGGUGUGAAUUAUCGUCAGCUUUUAAAACUAAGUUUCAGAUUUAAGAAAAUGAAGACGAGGGGAAAUUUUCAGCUUCAAAGGGUGAUAGGAUAUUUCCAUGGAACAAUUAUUUUAUUCAGUAUCAUAAUAGGUGCAGGUAUAUUUCUGGCUCCUAAAGGGGUAUUAAAAUACUCCUCGCUCAAUGUGGGGGUCUCCCUAAGUAUUUGGGCUGCCUGUGCUGUCGUGUCUAUGGUGGCUGCUCUGAGUCAUGCAGAACUGGGGACCACUUUCCCUAGAAGUGGAGCACAGUAUUAUUUCCUCAAGAGAUCUCUUGGACCCCUUAUUUCUUUCUCCUAUAUCUGGGUCAAUCUAUUUGCUUCCCCGGCAGGAACUGCUGCACGGAGCUUGCUACUAGCAGGCUAUAUCAUACACCCUUUCUAUCCUGGAUGUUCUGUUCCUGAGAUGCCAAAGAAAUGUUUAGCGUUGGCCAUUGUAUGGUGUUUGGGAAUUCUGAAUGCUCGAGGAGUAAAAGAAGUGACCUGGUUUCAGACUCUCAGUACCGUUGUGAAGAUGGCAGUGCUCUGCUUCAUCUCUCUAACUGGAAUCGUGCUGUUGGUGAGGGGUAGAAAGGAGAACCUAGCUAGAUUUGAGAAAGCGUUCGAUGCUGAAGUUCCAGAUGCCUCGCAGAUUGCAGAAGCCUUCUUACAAGGAUUAUAUGCAUAUUCAGGCUGGGGAGUCCUUGUUCGGAUAGCAGGAGAGCUGAAAAACCCUGGUGAGAAUAUCCCCAAAUGUGUGAUUACUGCACUCACCCUGGUGGCUCUGAUCUACUUAUUGGUUAACAUUUCCUACCUAGCAGUCUUGACUCCAAAGGAAAUCAUGUCCUCAGAUGCUGUUGCUGUCACCUGGAUGGAUAAAGUAAUCCCUUCUAUGCAAUGGGCUAUUUCCAUUGGUGUUUCUUCCUCAAUAUUUAGCUCCCUUAAUUGUACUGUAUUUUCAUCAUCAAGGGUACUGUACGUUGCAAGUCAGGAGGGUCAGCUACCAUUGAUCCUCUCAACUCUUAACGUCCACUCCUGUCCAGUGGUCGCUGUGCUUCAGAUGACCAUUCUUGCCUCCUUUAUAAUUAUUCCCUCAGACUUAAUCCUUUUAGUAAACUAUGUGGGAUUCAUAGACUGGCUCCAACUUGGGCUAAUGAUGACGGGUUUACUUAAACUGAGAUUCCAGGAGCCCGACCUACCCAGACCUUAUAAGGUAAUUUGAACCACCAAAAGAAAAUAUCCCCUUUAUCUUUCUAAAGAGCAUUUUCUACUCUUAAUACCUUGUUAUUAUAUCUAGACGUAAAAUCUCCAGCCCAUUAUGAGACCAUUUUAGGAACAUUUGAUCUAGAAUAUGAAUUUUCUAUUUCUUGGUCCAUAAGCUUCUUGGGCCAUUUUCAACUUGAAAUCUCAGAAGAGAAAGUGCGAGACUGGUCCUUAUUAGAAAAAGGAGAAGACCUUUAAGAUCUUUUUACAUUACGGCAAAUACAACCAGUGAAAUUUGAGCCAAAAGGGACCAUAUGUGGGGUACAUAAGGUUUGCACUAGAUCCCAGUAGAACAGACUGCCAGUGUCCAGGACCAAUGAUUAUUUGAGUGUCCUCUUACUGGUGCAUCCUCAGAUUAUCUUCUAGAGGCUCUAGGCUUGCCUAGGAUUCCUCAGGCUCCUCAACUCAAAUGCCAUCAAGGUAUAAGCUUCCACCAUUGAUGGUCAGUAUAGAAGGGCUACAUUCUAGAUAGUUGUGAAGGAGUGUAAUUUCAACCUGCUCAUCUUUCAAAAGCUUACAUCAGAGGCAGAAUAUCUGUGGAGGGUUUCCUGAGAGCUAAGAUUCUGUUGAUUCCUCAAACCACUAAAAUCUCUCUCUUCAUUAGCUAUCUGAAAUGCUUCAUGUAAGCCCGUGGAAUAUAUUUUUUUUCUUCUGAUUGUCUACUCUACCCCAUCCACCUAUACUAUGGAUUUAACCAAAAUAUUAUGUUUAACCAAAGAACCUCUGGCAGCUCAUUCUUGUACUUCUUGCAGGGAGAUUGUUAAGAGAUACAUUUCUACAUUAUGCAACAGUUUCUCUAUAUGUAGAUCCACUGAAGAAAAUUCUUUCUAAUAUUUGUAUCAGGAAUGCUUGUGUUUCUAGGCAGUUUAUUUAGUUUUGUUUACAGAUAACUGACCUUAGUAAGUGCCUGCCUCCCUUUUCAUAGAGGCUGCUAGAACGCUUAAAGCUAAAUUAGUUGUUAGCCACUAGCUUGUAAAUAGGCUUAGGAAGCACACCUUGCUAUAUACCAGUCAUUAUUGUUAGGUCGAUGAGUUUUUUUUAAUGAGGUAGGUUUCAGACAAACCUGAUUUUGUCAAUAAAGCAUAUUCUACCAGCAAUCAAGGGGCCCCUUUUAUGAUGUCCCUUGUAUCAGACAAACCUGAUUUUGUCAAUAAAGCAUAUUCUACCAGCAAUCAAGGGGCCCCUUUUAUGAUGUCCCUUGUAUCAGACAAACCUGAUUUUGUCAAUAAAGCAUAUUCUACCAGCAAUCAAGGGGCCCCUUUUAUGAUGUCCCUUGUAUCAGACAAAAGGAGGUGGCAGAACAUCCUCGUGAAGACCUCAGCGCGCAAAGGUGCAGGCGUGAACUAGCAGGCUGAAAGGAGAGCAACACGCUCUACGGCUGAGAUCUUCAAACUUCACUGAGACAAGAACAACUUUGGGAUUCCUUUCAUGAAUUCAGAUUCCUGGAAUUCACCCUUAAGAAUUCUAAUUCUUAGGGUGAGGACCAGAAAUACACAUUUCAAAAUUGAAAAAAGUGAAAGAUAGUGAUAAUCUUGCAUCUGAGUCAUUCAAUGAUUCAAUAAAUAUGCACUAAGUGACUACUGUGUGGAAGAUAUUAGUCUAAACAUUUUAAAGAUAUGUAGAUGAAUUGGCCAUUAAUAAUGCCAUCAACAACUUUAUAGUCUAACAGGCAAGAGAAGAGAGUUACACAAAAUAGAGUAAUACAGGCAAUAAUCAAUAAUAUUUAAUUGAGCAUUUAUGGCUGGCAGAUGCUGUGUACACGUUCUUUAAUUACAUACAUGAUUAUAUACACACACACACACACACACACACACACAUACACACAUAUAUAUGUAUAUGUUCUUUAAUUGUCCAAACUACUUUGAAAGACAGACAGACAUUAAGACCCAUUUUAAGGGAAAAAUGAAGAUAGAGAAAGUGAAUCCAAACCCAGUGGUCCUUUUAUGCUAAAAAUGUGCCAAAAAGAAAUUAUAUAUAGGUAAUACAUUAGGUUGUGUAUAGAUAAUAUAUUAGUUUAAGGUGCAGAAAAUACUAAUUUUGACAUUGUCUGCUUAAAGAUAGAAAAGUUAGAAAACUUAUAAUGAAAAAAUGCUUUACGCUAAGAGUAUGGAAUGUUUCAGAAUGUCUUCAUCCAAGAGAUCUGAGUGAGCAAGUGGCAUGGACUGACAAAAGGAUCAGGGGCUCAGCAAAAUGAGGAAAUUAUUAAGCGAAAGCCUUCAGUUCUGCUAUUCCACACCCCUAUCGAGAUUCCCAGCAAAUUACCGUCUCUUAUAUAAAACUGAUAAAUAUUUUUUAUCCUUUAAACCAACCUCCUCGGUAUUAAACAAAUAUUUCUAGAUAAAAAUGUUUUACAUU